UGCUUACUAAAACAGUUCUCCCGCUCCAACAAAAUCAAAUUAAGAAAUCAUCAACAUAACAAAGAACGAAUGCCUGAAAGGCAAAACGAAACCUGCAUUGAAAAUCUGAUUGUUUCUCCCUGCAAAGGCAAAACAUAGCGAAGAUGACUUCAAUUUGCGACACAGAUAUUCCAGUUCUACUGCACAGCAUGGACGCUUUCACCGCUUCCUACAGAGACUCCCUCCAAUUAGUUAGAGCCAAAGCUCUCCAAACCGCUGAAUCUCAAACUAAACUAGAAGAGGUUAAAGCUAAGCUAAGAGAGGCCGAAGAUGAAUUCGUGAAGGCACUCACAGUUAAGACUCGCGGAGAGGCCAAGCGAAUGGCUUUGAACGAUGCUAUUGCUUCCGUGAAAGGCAGAGUUGAAGUUCUUAAGAAGAGUAUUCUGAAGCAGGGAAUCAAAAUUGAAGAAUGUGCCACGUUUGUUUUGGCAGCAUCUAAAGAGAAAUCAAAUGAAAACAUUGAAUAUAAAGAUGAAAUUCAGGGGGCCAUAUCUUGGUACAAUAGGAUCCUCGGUUUUCAUGUUGAAGGUGGACAUGGGAUAAAAUUCACCUUCAAGAAUAUUAAUGUGGACAACCCAAAUGAGGAGUACUUUUUUACCAUCCGCCAUGAAGAUGACACAUACACACUGUUAAAUUGUGAACCCCUUCUCAAAGACACUGAAGAGUUGAUCCAUGAAUUAAACAAGACAAAUGGGCUAUUUAAAUUUGUCAGAACAAUGAGGAACAAGUUCCAAGAAUCAGUGAUGCAAGGAAGCUUAUCUAUGAUGACGAAAGAACAUCAAGAAUCUGCUUUUAUCUCUGCAUCUGCUCCAUCUUUUUCAAUAUCAACCAUUAGAAGUUAUUCUCCAACCAAGGGAAAUGAGCAUCUAGGUGGACUCGCUAAAGGUAAUACACAUCUCACGAAACAACACAGUCCAAGAAAGGUAAAAUCAGCAAUUGUAUCUCCCGGCUCUGCAUCAUCUGUUCGUCAAUCUCCUCGUUUGAAGGCCAGAAAAUGAAUUGGAGUAGGGGAUGCUGGACACCUCAUUUUGGUGAGACGUGCUGAUUACCUGAAAUAUUCGUGUUGGCUUUACUCAUGACUCAUUGCUAACAAAAUGACACGCAAGUCAAGACAUAUCUAGAUUCUGGAUGUCUGUACCUGUAUAUAAUAGAUCAGAAGAUCUCUCCAUUUUUUAGUAUGGCCCAUUUGAUAUAUUUAUGUGCGUAUUUUGUCAUGUAUUGUUGCUAAACUGGUAAAGUUCUUCAAUACACUAGUCAUUAUGGUGCUGAUAUCUUGUUUUGGCAUUGUAAAUGAAAUAUUGUUUUGGGAAAAGGAUCUGUAUGAUCCUUUUAUUUAUUUAUUUAUUUUCGAUUCCCUU